UCAGAGUCACUUUCUCAGCGCCUAAUACAUCAAUCAUGUUGACUGACCAUUGUCCACAGGUAGAAUCGCGCUCUAGGUAUUUUUCCAGGCUCCAGGCAAGGUGUGCAUCUGUCAUGGCAGGCAUUUGCUCAGCAAAAGCCAGGGUCCUGCGAAGAAUGCGAUCACGGCGGGUGCAUGUCAAUGAUCGACCCUCAACAAAUUCGCCGCCAGCAUGGCUGAUAGGCAAUGGUUCUGUGCCGUCCAAGACAUCCCCAAAACCCAUCUCCUCAUUUUCAUCCUGCCACGCGUCCUCAGUGUAUUGGACAUCCCUCAAUGCUUCCAGAGCUCGACGUUCAUCGGCACUCAUUGCUGUAGACAAGUUCGCCCUGCAUAUCAUUGCAUUCACCAUGUCGCACCGUCCGCGCACGUCGUCUACUUGUCCUCCCUCCGAGGAUGGUCACAUUCAAGACUUGCACACCUUACUCAAUGCUAUGACCCUAUCAGACUCGACAUUUGACACCCUCACUUGGAGCGCAAGACUAGUACCGAAUCCAUCACCUUAUCAAGAUCCUCACGCAUCCAAUCCACGCACACCAGUGCUCCCAGCAGAACAAGUCUCGUAUCUACACCCUCUCCUGCCGCCUCAACAACCUAUCAAACCCACCUGCGAUCUCCGUCCCCUAGACCAUCUAAUGGUACAUCAGCGGCUCCAUACUCCCCGUCCCAAACCCUGUGUUCUCCAACAGCUGUGUGAUUUACCUCCACAGUCCCGGCACUUGUACCAAAGCCAGAGGAGAUUCACCCACCGCAAGCUGGUCUCAAACCUGAGGGUUUCUGGGUGAUAACAGUUGGACAAGAGGUGGGCGUCUUUAUCACUGAACGAACUAAUUUCAUCAGCGGGAACAUUCAAAAAUGAUACCCGUCUUUCCAGGAAGCCCUCAAAGUCUACACCGCCAGAUUUAACAAGGGUGGGGUUCGCGCAGUCCCCAUUCCAGGGGGCCCAUUCUGGCCAUCCCCUCCUUCACCCUCACUGUCUGUAGAUUCAGAUGAAAUGUGGUCACAGGUUGAUGAUUUGUCAGAGACCAUGAGCCAGUAUCAGUUUUGAAUGUUCUUAGUUUAAAUACAUUGUAAACAAUAAAAUGCAUUUAGCCUUACUCCUACUGUUGGUC